AAGAACGGUUAACAGAAGGGGAGGUCCUGAGGGAGGGACUUCGACAGGCCGCUCAACGGUCGGCGGGAGCGGCCCCCGCAGGAGUCGGCGCAGAGGCGACAAUAGCGUCAGAAGACGACGUCUGUGCGCAGCGUGCAAAAAAAUCAGCAUGUCUUCCUCCAGACCGGGGCUCCGUUUGGCUGCCUGUUUACUAAACAUUUCAGAAGCCAGAAGAAAACACAUUGUUGAGAACAUAGCAAACGCAGCUCUUGGAAAAAAUGGGCAGAAACACCCUGAAGUAUCAGUGCUCAAUAUAUUUUCUGAUCAAGACUACAACAGAUCAGUCAUAACAAUAGCAGCUUCUAUUGAUGUGUUAGGCAAUUCUGUUCUGGCUGCCUGCUUGGAGGCCUUCCAGUCUAUCGAUAUGCAGGUUCAGGAGGGAAUCCAUCCUUGCUUGGGAGCAGUGGACCUGGUUCCCAUUUACCCUCUCACUGAUGUUGGAGUGGAAGAGUGCGGAGCUGUGGCCAGAAGCCUUGCUGAGAACCUGGUCCGGCACAUUCCUGGCUGCAGUGUUUUUCUCUUUGGUGAGGCCGACCUGCCUGAGAAGCGCACUCUUGUCCAGAGAAGGAAGCAACUGGGCUGGUUCACAAGGAGGGAUUUCAGUGCUCUUAAACCUGACCUGGGAGCAGCACCUGCCCGAAGAUGUGGUUUAACAGGCAUCGGUGCCAGCCCGUAUGUGAUGAACUGCAAUGUUACCAUAGACUCUCAAGACUUGGCUUUGGGAAAAGAGAUCGCAAGUGCCAUCCGGGGCUCACACGUGAAUGGAUUGAAGGGCGUCCAAUCAAUGGCUUUUCCCCAUGAGGGGAAAAUUGAGAUAGCUUGCAAUGUAGAGAGUUUUGAAGACCAAGAACCUACAGAAACCUCAGACGACUCUCGAUACAUGGCUUACAGUGUCCUUGGGGACCAGUUUUCUUAUGUAUCUCCUCAUUACAUAGAAGCUCAGAUUAAAAAGUUGGCAAGUGAUCGGGGAAUUGGUACUAUAGGGAGAGCAUUAAUUGGAUUUACACCCCAAGAGUGCAAGAACUGUGCCGAGUAUGCUAUAAAGAAAAGUAUUGGCGAAUUCUGGAAGAUACGGGGAGGUAUUUUCAUGUGAUCCAGUUUAAGGCUUUAUUGAAAUUCUAAGGAAAAAUAUCAGUCAUUAAAAAAUUUUCUUUUGGCCGCUGAAGAUGAGGAGAAGAUACAAAUAGAUGGUUGUGGCUGUGUAUUGGGAAAUUGGGAACAUUCUCUGUCUUCAUAGAUUCCCCAUAAUUGUCCUAUGAUAUUCUACUCAUCAGUAAAACUUCAUGAACUCCUGCUCUGUGUCAGGUUUAUGCACUUGUGUGCAUUAGAAACCCUACUGAAUCAGUUGAGUAAAAUGGCCAUGUUGCUGAACCACUUUUAAUUAUUGAAAACAAAACAAAAAAUGGACUCAAUUUACUUGAUUUUCCCAAAUUCUUUAUCUCCAGGUUCUGUAUUCAACUUACAUUUUUUGAGUAAUCUUUUUUUUAAUGUGCACUUUAAAAAAUCAAGUACUAAGUGACUCAAAAGUGGAGAGAAUUAUAAAAUAAAAUUACUCUUUCAAAGCA